GCCAGAAUGUGAAACGUGAGUCUGGAAGGAAAGUCCAGGCUGGGAACAUCACUGCUGCUAAGACCAUUGCUGACAUUAUCCGCACGUGCCUGGGGCCCAGAGCUAUGAUGAAGAUGCUGCUGGACCCCAUGGGUGGGAUUGUGAUGACCAACGAUGGCAAUGCCAUCCUCAGAGAGAUCCAGGUCCAGCACCCGGCUGCCAAGUCGAUGAUCGAGAUCAGCCGCACGCAGGACGAGGAGGUCGGGGACGGGACCACGUCUGUCAUCAUCCUGGCUGGAGAGAUGCUCUCUGUGGCCGAGCACUUCCUGGAGCAGCAGAUGCACCCGACUGUGAUCAUCGGGGCUUACCGCAGAGCCCUGGAUGACAUGAUCAGCAUCCUGAAGAAGAUUGGCACCCCCGUGGACGUGAACAACAAAGAGAUGAUGCUGAAGAUCAUCAAGAGUGCCAUCAACACCAAGGCCAUCAGCCGGUGGUCGGAGCUGGCGUGCGCCAUGGCGCUGGAGGCCGUGCGCACCGUGGAGCUGGAGGAGAACGGCCGCAUCAAGAAGUAUGCCAAGGUGGAGAAGAUCCCGGGGGGGUUCAGCGAGGACUCGUGUGUGCUGCGGGGGAUCAUGGUGAACAAGGACGUGACCCACCCCCGCAUGCGGCGCCUCAUCAGGAACCCACGGGUGGUGCUGCUGGACUGCUCCCUGGAGUACAAGAAGGGGGAGAGCCAGACUGACAUUGAGAUCACACGGGAGGAAGACUUCGCCCGGAUCCUGCAGAUGGAGGAGGAGUACAUCCAGCAGAUCUGUGAGGACCUCAUCAGAGUCAAGCCAGAUCUGGUCAUCACAGAGAAAGGAAUCUCUG